AGACCAUCCGAAAAUUAGGUCGUGAAAAAUCAACAUGGAGGACAAAAAUGGGGGAGCGGAAGUUAUUCGUUCUACUGAUCUCUGUUUGUCUCGCAAGAACGAGAAUUUUCAUGUCUUCUAUGUUAAUUUUUCAGGACUCAAUUUUCGAGCAGUUUUCCUUAGCCAGUGCUCAGAUCUGUUUAUAUGAUAGUAAUAUAGAUAGUAGUAUGAUAGCUAAUACAAAGUAAGGAAAUAUAAGUAAAAGGUUACAUUCCUGCGCAUGUGUAAUAUUUCAGGACCGUCUUUAUUAGGGUGUCCGUAUUUUGUACAAACUUUUAAAAAUAUAUCCAUAAUACAAAUUAAAGAAGUCACAAAUCUAUACAAAUAAAAGUUUAUAUUUAUAGCAAACUCAAAGUAUAAAUAAAUUAUAUGUAUGCAAUUAAUUUAAUUAUAAUUAAUGAGAUAUAAAGAAACCAUGGAUUUGGAUGCAAAUAUUGCUACUUUUAUAUAGUGAUUAGUUGGAACAUAAGAUUAAUCACUGAGAAGUCAAGAUAGUUUAAUCUUGUGUAUCAGUUUAUGUAGUAUAACAAUCGUAGGUUGUUAAAUUUUUUGUCACAAUGUUGCUAUUAAAGAACAUAAACAAAAUUCCUCUCAUGACCUUACGUUCAUAUAGUUCUAAAGUAAAACUAAAUGAUGUCGUUAUAGUUAGUGCAACUAGAACCCCUAUGGGAUCAUUUCUUGGAGGAUUAUCAAGUUUAGCUGCACCAAAACUUGGAGCCAUAACUAUAAAAGCAGCAAUUGAACGUGCUGGAAUUUCCAAAGAUAAAGUUACAGAAGUAUAUAUGGGAAAUGUUUGUCAAGCUUCCUUAGGUCAAGCUCCAGCAAGGCAAGCUACGCUGUUUGCAGGUCUUCCUAAGUCGACAAUAUGCACAACAGUUAACAAAGUAUGUGCAAGUGGUAUGAAAAGCAUUAUGCUUGCUUCUCAGUCAUUACAAUGCGGGCAUCAAGAAAUUGUUCUAGCUGGUGGUAUGGAAUCAAUGUCUAAUGUACCAUUUUAUCUACCACGAGGGGAAAUUAAGUAUGGUGGUAUAAAACUUGAGGAUGGUAUUGUAUUUGAUGGUUUAACUGAUGUUUAUAAUAAGUUUCAUAUGGGAAAUUGUGCAGAAAAUACUGCCAAAAAAUUAAAUAUUACGCGUGAUGAGCAAGAUAGGUAUGCUAUUAAUAGUUACAAACGUAGUGCUACAGCAUAUGCAAAUAAAAUCUUUCAAGAUGAACUUGUUCCUGUUCCUGUGCCUCAAAAAAGAGGCAAUCCUGAUAUAGUAUUUAACGAAGACGAAGAAUAUAAAAAAGUUAAUUUUGAUAAAUUUGGUAAAUUGAAUACAGUUUUUCAGAAGGAAAAUGGUACAGUAACUGCUGGAAAUGCAUCAACUUUAAACGAUGGAGCUGCUGCAUUAAUCCUAACAACUACAGUGGUUGCACAAAAAAUGAAUUUGAAACCUUUAGCACGAGUUAUUGCAUUUCAAGAUGCUGCAACUGACCCCAUUGAUUUUCCAACUGCACCAUCUUUUGGUAUAUCUAAGCUGUUAGAAAAAACUGGACUUAAUAAGAAUGAUAUAGCUCUCUGGGAGAUUAAUGAAGCUUUUAGUGUUGUUGUAAUCGCAAAUCAAAAAUUACUUGAUCUGGAUCCAAAUACAGUAAAUAUUCAUGGUGGUGCUGUGUCUCUUGGUCAUCCUAUUGGUAUGUCUGGAGCUCGUCUUGUAGUACAUUUAGUACACGCUUUAAAAGCUGGAGAGAAGGGUAUUGCAUCUAUCUGCAAUGGAGGUGGUGGGGCCUCAUCAAUUUUAAUUGAAAAAUUGUAUCAUACAAUGUCUUCUCCACCAAUAUUAACAUUAUAUACAAAACAUCCUUGUCCACUUUGUGAUAUUUUAAAAAAUGAAUUGCAGUUGCGUUUUUCUGGUCGUUAUCAAUUGCAAGAAGUUGAUAUUACUACGCCUGGGAAUGAACGAUAUUUGGAACUGUACAAAUAUGAAAUCCCAGUUCUCUUUUUAGAACGGCAGUUUCUUUGUAAACAUCGUUUAGAUUCAGAAUUAUUGGAAAGAAAAUUACAAGAAGUCUUCCAAAAUCGAAAACGAUAAAUGCGUGGUAUGGUACACUAAGUGUAAAAAAAUUAUCUCAUUUGAAUACACAUAGCUGUAUAUAUUGACUUCUAUGUUAAUCGAAUGCGUGAUCAGUAAAUAAAAAUUAAUUAAUUAACGACCAUCAA